AUGUCCGCCACCAUCAUGAAUAGUCUCGGAUAUCAUGUUCACCGAUACCAGGGGUUCCAGGCCUCUGAGCCUCUGAGCCGAGCCGCUCCUGUGGCCCAGCGCAGCGCAGAGCAGAGCAGAGCAGAGCAGAGCAUUCAAUCUACUCCGUAUUACAACGCCAUUCCAACAGCGCCUGUGGCUUGUCAAUACGCCGUACAACAGGCCUGA